ACAGGUCAGAGGUCACGUUGAGGUUGUGUACACGGUGCCAUGGUUGUGCAGGUAUGUUUGCGUGCGUGAUCGCCAAGAUUCUUGCGCCUUGAUUUGCUAAGACCGUGAUCUAAGGAUUGUUCCGACCCAAGACAAAGGCGUGGGGUGGUUCUGGAUCACGUAGAGCCGAGGUUGGAAGCCAGAACGGUCGCGGGAUAGGACUGAGCUGAACGACGUUCUCUCGCAAGAGCAUAGCACAGCUGAAAAGCAACGGUGCCACUCGAGUUCUAGUUUUGUGGACAGCUUGGUUUUUCAUGUUGUAGGUGAUCGGAGGACGAUCUAGAUAGUCCCAGAAGCUUAUUCCGUCCACCAGGAGGAUGUGAAGAAGAAAUAUUGUCUUCAGUGUUCGAGAUAGAAAAUGGCUUCCGGUGUUCCAUCAAUCCAGGACCGAACCCUGAACUUUGAUUUUGACAUCCUGAAUGCCCAAUUUAACCACAAUGGGCGCUACUUCCUGAAACUGUCGGUGAAAAACCCCAUGUUCGGUGUGGAUGGCAUCUCCGUGCGACUCAACGAUGCUGAACCCGGGCAGGAAAAGGACGAGGCAGAGGAAGAAACAGACAUUGUGGAGCAGACUGAUAUUGAUGCCCUGUCUACCUUCCAGAACCACAAGUUCACCUUCCUUCUUCCCAGAGGUUUCUGUAAGAACGAUGAACAGCAUGACGUCUUCCUACUCCUGGAGGCCUUCAGUCUUCCUGCAGACAGCAGCGCCGCGGGUCAUAAGGUCGGGGAGGCAAAAUUCGCUAUCUAUCCCCGCACCAACGCUCCGCGGAUCAACCUCAAGGCAAAACACAACGAGGACCUGUACAACUACAGUAGCAUCAUGACGCUGUUGCGGACACUAAGCACGGAGUCCAUAUCCAUGCACUGCGGACGUAUCAAGUAUCACGUGUCCUUCCACGACAACAGAGAUAAAGCUCCGCAGCCGCCACGACAGCCGACCCCGCCCGUGCGGCAGCCACAGCCAAGAACACCAAGCCCCCCGCCACAACCGCGGAGGGUGAGAACGCCGACCCCCUCCCCCCCACCUCCUCGAGAACCAACACCCCCUCCCCGCGAGCCCACACCCCCUCGGAGAGAAGAACCUCCCUCUCGACUGGAUUUUCAUGUGGAGUCACCUCUGCCUACAGAUGGCCCAGCUAGGAGGACCACAGACUCUGCCCUGGGUGACUGGCAGCAGCCUGGGAUGUAUGACUCAGGGUUUGCACAUGUGGCAGUCCCAGGGAAGACUGAACUCUACGUGAUCCUGCACGGGGCCAGGAACCUGCCAGCCCUGCAGGAUGGACGCCAGCCCCUUCCUUUUGUUGCAGCGAAAACUCGUAGCGAUGAGCAGGGGAAUCGCCCUGCGCAGGGUACGACACGGACACCGAUGCAGGCGACACAUCUUCCCUGGUGGGAGGAGGGCAUCAAUGUGGUCAUGCCGGAGACAGGGGCUCAGGACGAUGCCCUGCUGUUGACAGUAGCAGACAGCCCGAGUAAACAGGUGCUGGUUCAGUAUGAGUUACCUGUUCACCAUCUCAAGCCUUUCCAUCAAUACCAUCUAGAACUGGUCAAGCAUAGCAAGGCCUCCAAGGAUGGUGUCCGACUGUACGCCACUGUCAUCAGGAAACACAGUGUGCUUCCCAGACACCCCACCUUCAUGUACUGUGGACUGGAAGUGUUCCUUCGUGCCAUGGAGCGACCUGUGGAAAAUCCUGUCGGUCCUCUUGUUGCAGUGGCACGUAUAGUUCCUGACUACCAUAACUACAAAGAGGAUGUCCUGAUGACCUCCCCUCGGUCCGCGAACGUGACCUUGAUGACCGUGACCUUCCCCUCCCCACACCCGUCUUCCUUCAUCGUCCCCCAGAACCAGAAGGGUGGAUAUCCACAGGUGAGCCUAGCAGCCCGUCCUGAUGAGCAGCCAGUCUGGAACCACUCCUACCUGUUCCACCACAGCAGAGACAACGCAACCAUCUUCUCCCCUACCUCUGCACUGGUUAUAGAGUACUACCCUGCCUCAUCAG